AUGAUCGUAAUUGUGGACAAUGAGGUCGAGCCCGAGGAGAUUGGUACUAUAACAACUGUGAUGAGUGUGAACAACCAAGAGGAAGAUCUUAAGGGGUUCAAAUUUGAAGUAGUAAUUGAAGAAUCCAUUAAGGAGAUUGUGAACAACGAGGACAAAGAACUUGAGGAGUCAUUGAUAUGUUCGUGUUCACUCCUCUAUGCAUUGAAACGGUGGAGAAUUAUUUCUUUCACAGGUGGUGAACCUCGAGUUCUUACUGAUAGCUCACCAACACUUGUUCCCCUUAAGACAUUGAUUCGAACAUUACCUCUUGCAAUAACUUAUUUGCUCUACAUGCUGGCGUCAAUGGAGUCUGUACGUGGAGUUAAUGUUCCCAUGUACACUACCCUUAGGAGGACUACAGUGGUAUUUACAAUGCUUGUGGAGUAUUUUCUGACGAGGCAGAAAUAUUCGUCAUCUGUUGUUGGCACUGUGGGGUUGAUAAUUCUUGGUGCAUUUAUUGUGGGUGCUCGAGACUUGUCAUUUGAUUCCUUUGCCUACGCAAUUGUUUUCAUUGCCAACAUCGCUACAGCAAUAUACCUUGCAACUAUAGCCUGUCUUGGAAAAUCUAGCGGCCUUAAUAGCUUUGGUCUAAUGUGGUGCAAUGGAAUAAUAUGUGUACCAGUGUUGCUUUUUUGGACAUUUGUCCGAGGUGACUUGGAGAUGACAAUGACUUUUCCUCAUUUAUAUUCCCCUGGAUUUCAGGCUGUCAUGCUUCUUUCCUGUAUAAUGGCUUUCUUAUUGAACUACUGUAUCUUUCUGAAUACAACUGUCAAUUCAGCUCUCACACAAACAAUGUGCAGUAAUUUAAAGGAUUUUUUUACUAUCGGGUUUGGCUGGCUUGUUUUUGGUGGGCUUCCAUUUGAUAUUUUGAACGUUGUUGGACAACUUCUUGGUUUCCUUGGCUCUGGUUUCUAUGCCUACUGUAAACUCAAGGGGAAGUAACAAGACAUUCUUCAGGAGCUUGUUUUCAGUUGGUGGUUCUUAUUCGAGUUGAUGAUGCUGAUGUCUUCAUCAUCUCCUAAUUUUGAUCAAAUGGACCCUGCCUCAGUAUAAAGAGUGAAAUGGUUUUUUUUUCCGCGACUGAAGAGCAUUUUAACAUUAUCUUUUCCUAUAUCAGGGGAAUAAGAGCCUCUUUUUUUCUCCCGGUCCUCAUUUCAUAAUUUUAUAGUAGGCCAGGAUAAGAACUUAAAUUUAGAAGUGGCUUAACUGCUACCUAAUGCAACGCAGUUUGAUUUCAUAGGUGGUUAUUGCUCA